AUGUAACGAAUCGAAUGACAUAAAUAAUAUAACUUAUUACGAUUAAUGGUUACAGAGAUAAUUGAUUUCCCGUUAAUACCUUAAUCAUUUUUUAACUUUGAGGGCAGCUCGGGAAAGAGUUCCAGGGGUAUUUCUUGGGACUUUUUGAGAAAAUAACCUUCUGGAGUGGCUCUAUCGAUGAUGAAAAAUAUAGCUUUAUCUAAUGUUCGAACCGAAACUACUUUUUGAACCUUCAUUGAUUAGGUUUUGAGUAUAGAUCCCCCCUUACUACAGAUCAAUUUAAAGUAUAGGCUACAUCACUGAAUUAAAAAAAUAUGCUCUACUGACUUACUUUACAUUUCAGAAAGAAAAAUUUAAAUUCUUUCUAAUUAGGCUAUAAAUUGUCGUUUAUUAUUUUUUGUUCAGGAACAAAAAGGGGUUCGAACAUUAUUUGUUGAUGAUUUCUAGUUAAAACUAUUUUUAAUCGUAGAAAAACAUUGCAAUGAGUGCGGUUUGUGGCGGUUGUGAAAAACCGUUGACCGCGGACGAAAAAACCUUGAAAUGCAGUGGAUACUGUGAUCAUUUGUAUCAUUUGGAAUGUGCUUCUGUUUCCCCUGCCGAUUUUGAAAAAAUCACUGCUGAAAAGAAAUCCGCUUGGCAGUGCACAAAGUGUGUCAACCAGAAAUGCUCGGUUUGCACAAAACUGAUCGGACAGACCGAAUCUAAGAUUCGUUGCAGUGGAUUGUGCAACCGCAAUUUCCAUGUGCAUUGUUCUGGCUACAAGAAACUGCUGGGGGCAGCCGAUGAGAAGUGGCAGUGCGUCAGUUGCUUUGACGGCCCCAAGUGUAGGGUGUGUGACAAACCUUUCAAAAGGAGGGACAAGAAAAUUCUAUGCACCGGUGUUUGUCAGCGUUUCUACCAUUUGAGUUGCUUGGAUAUUCCGGUGGAAGCUUUCGAGGAACAAUGGAGUGGAAAAGAGGAUUCGUGGGUUUGCUUCCCAUGUCAAGAGAAUACAAACAAAUCCGUUUCCAUUGAUAGUGGGAAAUUGGACGAGAAAGAGAAACUGAAGCGUGAUAAUAAAAUGUUGAGGAGUGAGCUGAAAUCCAUCAAUGAGGUACUAGUUAGCCUGAGUACUGAACUUGUUGAGCAACGUCGUUUGGUGAAAGAAGCCGAAUCUGAAGUGCUCAACCUCAGUGAGGCAAUACUUGUCAAACAAGAAGAGAUAGUCGAGUUGCACGAAGCUCUGAAGAGUGUUGGAAUAAAGAUGAAUGAUCGUAUGAAGAAAGCAUCCAACAAUCAGAUUCCUUUGCUGAAAAACAAUCUAAACUCUCAAUCGAACGAAAAAGAUGGUUUAUUUCAAGAGAAAAAGAUUCAUUUCAAUGAGAGUAACACAAACUCAGUUCUGACGCAGACACCAAAGAGGUAUCGUCAGAAUUAUAGAGGAAUGAAAAAUACUCAUCGCUCGGAUGUGUCCAAUGAACUAUGUCUGAAAAUGCCUUCUGAUACUGUGGUUCUCCAUGUGGAGAGCACAUCGGAUUCGCAUGCUCGUCUCAAAGUGCGUAAUCCAAGAGUAGAGCCUCAGAUAUCAUACUGCUCACAUGAUAUGGUGUGUUUGAAGGACAGUGCAACUCAAACUGAUGACGAACCACCAAAUCCUGGUUUGCUGGAGCCGGAUGACUACAGAGUCAUGAGAGGUGGUCUAAGUCUGCCAACUUCUCCUGAAUACUCAGAUAGGAGCAGAAGCCCAAUGAAAAGUCCAAGAGGAAGAGGAAACCUGGACUUACACAAAAGUGCCUAUUGUUUUUCUGGCAUUUCUCCUUCAACCCCUGUUUUUGACAACCCAGCUGCUGGAGAAGUGGGAAAGCCAACUUCUGAAAUGUACAUACGUCAGUACCAAUACAGAGAAGAGUUGAAGAAGCAGAUUGAAGAAAGACAAAAAUUGGAAGCUGAAAGGAAGGAAAGAGAAAGACUUGAAGAAGAAGCUAUAGAAAGGAGAGUAAGAGAACAACAGGAAAAACUGAGAAGACAGUAUGAGAUUGAAGAACAAGAAAGACUGGACUACAUAAUGCGGAGGCAUAUCCAAGAUGACGUUCUGCGUCAGAGACUGGCUGAUAUACAACAGCACGACACGAGGGAGAAGCCAGCAGGGGGCAAAGAACGUAUGCGCCCGGUGACUGUCACUCACUGCUCCAAGGAGGACAGCAACCAAGUGCGUGCUGCUGAACCAGGUGACCCGGUCUGUCAGCUGAUUGAAUCAGCUGAGAAUAUGUUGAAAGCACCGCUGCUAGCCGACCCCGCUUGUAGUGCGCCUCUUCCUCCACCCCUCCCACCAUCUCCCCGGCUUGAGACGCAUUCCGUAGCGGGUAGAAGGCAGGCCGACGCUUCACCCUGUAGACGCCAGCCCGUGCUGAAGGCAGUCUCGCCAUGUGUCAGUGUCAAGCCUCGCUCCAACAACGCUCAAAUACUGGACAACAAAUGGCAGGUACCAGCGGUUGAAAGAAGCUACAUUCAACCCAGAUCUGUACUCGGAAAUCAUGCAGAUCAAGUGCAUUCCUCGCCAGAUAAUGUCCUAACUCAGUUGAGUUCGUUUCGCCGUCAGUUACAGAUGGAGCAUUUCAGACUAAACGAAAGAAUGCAACAACAAUCUAAACGUAGAUCACCUUAAGCUACACGUACAAGUCAGGAAAUGUUCCAAAUUCUGGAAAUUUCCAACAAUAGAUGCAAUAAUAUUCUCGUAUGCAGAAGUAACGUUUAGCUUUAAUUAUAAUAUAUAACGUGUAUUGGUUAACGCUAAAUAGACUAGCAAAUGAUGGCGGUCAGACAAACUUAUGUUUUCCUGAUUGAAAACUACACAACAUUUCAAAUAAAUCGGAAAUAUACAGUGUAUAUGUCGGUAUUUGAGACUCAUGAGCGUUAUAUGUGUUGUGUAUCUGCCAUACCCUAAAUAAAUAAUAGAUGUGUAAUUUGUAUAAGGUAAUUCAUGUUAGGGAGGUUCUUGAUUCUUAUCAUUAUAUAUACUGAACUUUAACAUUGGAUAUCUAUUUUUGAUAAUAUUAUUAAAAUGUUUGAUCGAGACAAAAUCA